ACAAUGAAGGUGGGGUUCAAAACCCAGAAAAACACUUUUUAAAAUACAACUAAUUUUGUUAGUCUCUGUUAAUUUGAGUUCGUGCAUUUAUAUCUUUCACAAGUCCCAACGACACAGAAACGGUCGACGACACGAACUAAACAAUUCCAAGAAGUUAAUGGAAGAUCCUCUUUUACCGGAAGACGAGCAGUGUACCACCGGGAAUCCAAAGCCAACGCCGACAUGGCCGAUAGAUUUUACGGCGGAGCUGAAGAACGUCAGCCGCAUGGCCGCACCUAUGGCCACCGUGACCGUUGCUCAGUUUCUAUUGCCUCUUAUAUCGGUCAUGGUAGCCGGCCACCGUGGCGAGCUCCAGCUCUCCGGCGUUGCUCUAGCCACCUCCUUCGCUAACGUCUCCGGCUUCAGCAUCAUGUUUGGGUUAGUGGGUGCCCUUGAGACUCUGUGUGGCCAAGCUUAUGGAGCCAAACAAUACUCCAAACUCGGAACCUUCACGUACUCUGCAAUCGCCUCCAACGUACCCAUUUGCGUCCUCAUUUCGAUUCUCUGGAUUUACAUGGACAAAUUAUUGAUUUCCAUCGGAAAAGACCAUGACAUCUCCAAAGUAGCUGGCUCCUAUGCGGUUUGGCUUAUACCGGGUUUGUUCGCUCAAGCGGUGCAACAACCUGUAACUCGGUUUCUCCAGACUCAGGGUUUAGUUCUACCUCUUCUCUACUGUGCUUUAAGCACAUUGUUGUUCCAUAUACCUGUUUGCUGGAUUCUGGUCUACACUUUUGGUCUCGGAAGCAAUGGAGCAGCCUUGGGUAUUAGCCUGUCUUACUGGUUUAACGUAUUGAGUCUCGCUUGUUAUGUGAGAUUCUCCAGUUCUUGCGAGAAGACUCGUGGCUUCGUGUCAGAUGAUUUCGUAUCUGGCGUCAAACAGUUUUUCCAGUAUGGAAUACCAUCAGCAGCAAUGACUUGCUUAGAGUGGUGGUUGUUUGAGCUCCUUAUAUUGUCCUCAGGACUUCUCCCUAAUCCGAAACUCGAGACCUCUGUUCUUUCUGUUUGUCUUUCAACAGGAUCUUUACACUAUGUCAUACCAAUGGGUAUCGCGGCUGCUGUGAGCACAAGGAUUGCAAACGAAUUGGGUGCUGGGAAUCCGGAGGUUGCUAGGCUUGCAGUGUUUGCUGGUAUUUGCCUUUGGCUCCUAGAGGCUGCCAUUUGUAGCACAAUUCUUUUCAUUUCCAGGAAUAUUUUCGGCUAUGCCUUCAGCAACAGCAAAGAAGUUGUGGACUAUGUGACAGAGCUAGCUCCUUUACUCUGUCUCUCGUUUAUUGUAGACGGGUUUUCAGCAGUUCUUGGUGGUGUUGCUAGGGGAAGUGGGUGGCAACAUAUUGGAGCUUGGGCAAAUGUGGUGGCUUAUUAUCUCAUUGGAGCUCCGGUUGGACUUUUCUUAGCGUUUUGGUGUCACAUGAAUGGUAAAGGGCUAUGGAUCGGUGUGAUCUUUGGUUCUUCAUCGCAAGGCAUCAUACUUGCUAUAGUCACUGCUUGCAUGAGUUGGAACGAACAGGCUUCCAAGGCAAGAAAAAGAAUAGUUGUAGGGACUUCUUCGUUUGGCAAUGGAAUUGCUUGAAUGGUUCUUUAUGUAUUUUUGAUACAAUUCACGGAGAUUUUGCUUUUCUUCGAAUAUGGGAUAUUAUCAUGGGCAGCUGUUUCGCAAGAGAAGAGAACAUCGGAGGGUGAUAAUGGAGGAAUACUAUCAUAUUAUGUCACACCCUUAGUCCCUCACACACUAUACUGAAAAUUGCUCUUUACUUGAUGAUCCA